AUGAGCGGAGACACGCUAACCACCAGUUACCAGGACGCCGAGGAGGCGUUGAGCCGCGCAAAGCUCACGGCCGAGCGCACGGAGCGUGUCGGCGCCCACGUCCUCGGCACGCUCGGUGACCAGCGGCAGCAGCUCCUCGGCGCUGCGGACGGCCUCGAGGCCGCGGACCACGAGCUGGGCCGCACGAAGCAGACCAUCAGCGACCUCUUUGCGCGGCUGGCGCGGCGUAGGCGCGUGGCGCUCCUCCCUCCCUCAUCGCUCUCGCAGCUCUUAAAUUCCACCACCACCGGUGACCCGCGCCCCUGUAGGCGCUGCCUCAUCGGCACCGCCGCCGUGCUCGCCCUCAUCGCCGCGGUCCUCCUCUAUUGGAAGCUGCGCAAUGCCUUUGGCGGAGGCGGCUAG